GUUAGGUUUAGAUUAGAUAUUAGUGAAGAUGAUGAAAUCUGGAACCUAACAUAUCAGUAUGAACACGACGUCUAACAUAAUCAACACCACUGGUGAAACGAGCAACAUUAUCAACCGCACGGGUCACGUGGACCUAACAGGGAAGUUUGAUUCGCCAAAAUGGGUCAUACCGGUUCUUUCAUGCUUUGGUGUUCUCAUAACUUAUAUAUCCAUAUCCAUCUAUUUGUAUAUGUUUAAAUGCGGGAGAAAAUUUCUGAUCCGUAAAUCUUCAUCCGAUGUACUUUACCUAAAAGUUAUGGACAUUCUGCUUGCAAUAAUAUGUGCGUGUUCCUGUUUAGUUGUGUACGUGGACUUGGCAAAAUCCGCCAUAUCCGGACCAAUACAUUACAAAGCUUUCUCAGUUUACGUUUUGCUGAAGUAUUCAAUAUUUUCUAUCGGACAGUCUUGCAUCUACAUACUUUUAUAUUCAAGGCAAAGAGCGUUUUACAAUCUACCUACAAUGAAGACUUACUUUCCAAGAUAUUGCCUCGCCGGGAAUAACUCGUACUUUAUCCUACUUCUAGGAUUGUGUGCGCUCAGUGCCGGUAUUUUCAUCAGCACUCGGACGCCAGAAUAUAACCUCUGUAUUUUCAAAAAAACUUGCCUCGGGAGAACGGAGCAAUACAUCAAGCAUGGUAUUUUCGUUGCAUCCACAUCAUUUGGACAAAUAACUUUGCUGGGUAUGUUGAGCUACCCAAUUUACCUCCAUGGAAAAAACUCUCAAUUAGAUGAAAAUGCUAAAAGAGGAAUUAAGCUUAUUAAAAGAGCUUUAAUUUUGACUCUCGUAUGCAUUGCAUCACACGUGGCGGCAUGGCCAAGGUGA